CGCUUCCCUGCUCCUCUCUCACUGGCGAUUCCAGAUCUGGAUCUAGGGUUUUUCUCCAAGGCGAUUCAAGAUCUAACCUUUCUCCACGCACAUAACCUCUCUGUUGCCGUUUUUACCUUUGAACAUCCAAUCAAUUGAUGAGGAGUAGCUUCGACGGAGUAUUCCGGCGAGCUUAAGCGGCGGAGAGACGGAAUCGUGCAGCGGCUGUAAUCCGAACGAUGUAGUAAUUGCGACGUGGAUCUGAAUGAGCAGAUUCCGAACGGCGUUGGCCGGAAGGUGAACGAUGACGUUAGAGGAGGUGAGAUUCGCCGUUAACUCUGCAAGAGGAUGAAGAUGAUGAACCAAAUCCGUAUGGAGGUUUGUUUGAUGAUGAGCACUCUAAAGUUCUGAGAAUUAAAGAGCAACUUGAGGAUUCAAAUCAUACUGAUGAUGCUAUUAUUGAUUUGCUUCAAACCCUAGCUGAUAUGGAUCUGACUUUUACAGUCCUUAAGGAAACUGAUAUAGAAAGGAAUGUUAACCGACUUCGAAAGCAUCCGUCAAAUGAAGUAAGAGGACUGGUGAAGCAAUUGGUGAGGAAAUGGAAGGAUUUGGUGGAUGAAUGGGUUGGGUCGAACAAUAGUGCGCUCGCACGCUCUACUCUUACAGAAGGUGAUUCGCCUUUGGUGCAGAAUGUAUCAAGCGGCUUACUCAAAGUUAGAUUAAAUGGUAACGGGUCAAAUGAGUUGAACUGGUAUUAAGUGGCCUAAAGUUACUUUAAUACAUACAACCUCCCAAAAUUCUUUUACCCAAAUUAUUAUUGUUGACGUAAUAUAGUUAUUUUGAAAACAAGUGUUCUGAGCCAUCCUUACCAAAGAUAACCCGUUUUCAUUUGUUACUCAAAUUACCUGUUUUUGCAAUUGUACGAGUUGAAAUGUUGGUGAUUUUGGCAGCGAACACAGAUGGAGGAAGGUAUUGACAUGGAUCGUUUUCAGCCGUUUACGGCUGCAAACGUAGCAACA